AUGAUAGGAAUGCUCAAAUAUUCUGAUGACUUUCAAAAAUCAACAGAAUCAACUCAACUUUGGUUUAAAGAUACAACAUUUACUGCAGUAGCUACUGAUAAUUUAGGAUUUGCAGCAAGACAAGUUAAAAUUAUUCAGAAACCUGCUACAAAAAGCACAUUUUCAUAUUGUAUUCCUUUAAAGCAUAUUUUUGGAUUCUGUGACGAUUAUGAUAAAGUGAUUUACGUAGUAAAGCAUUCACUCGCUAUUACAAGAAAAGGUGAUAAUGAUGCAAUUUUUAGAGCUGCUGGAGUAGCUGCAGGAAAAGUAAAUCUUACAAAAGUAUCAUUAUGGAUGAAGCAUGUUAUUCCAUCAGAUACGAUGAGAAGUGUACUUUUUAAUCAUAUUUAUCCGAAAGUAAUACUCGAUGUUGAUUUUCGUAGUAGAAUAUGUGAAUAUAAUUCUGUUACACCAAAUGCUAUGGGAUUUAAUUUUAAACUCAGUGGAAGAAAUGAAAGACCUAAAUAUAUCCUUCUUGUAAUACAAACUAAUAGAAGUGGAAAUCAAGAAGUUAACCCUUCAGUAUUCGAUAAUUGUGAUUUGAAAGCUAUUUCAGUAACGCUUAAUGGAAAACGGCAUCCUACAAAUGAUUAUAAUUUAAAAUUUACAAAUAUUCAAUUUUCAAGAGCUUAUUUAGAUUCAACUACUUUUAAUGAGAAGUUUUAUGGAACGAAUCAACUGUAUGCACAAAGCAGCAUACAUGAUGCAGAAUUUAAAGAAUUAUAUCCUAUUUAUGUUGUUGAUUUAAGCAAAUAA